CUCUUCCCUUUCAAUCCCAAAAACCUUAAUUUCAAUAAGAACUACAAAACACACAUACACUUUAAUCAAUUUUAAAACAAGCAUGCCUUCUUCUUCCAUCUCUAUUGUUUCAAAAUGCAGUGUUUUCCCAGAUCAACCUUCCCCAUUACACUCUCUUCAGCUCUCUGUUUCUGAUCUUCCUAUGCUUUCUUGCCACUAUAUUCAAAAAGGUGUUCUUUUCCCUUCCCCUCCAUAUUCCUUUCUUGAUUUUGUUUCCUUUCUCAAACGCUCCCUUUCCACCACUCUCUCUCAUUUCUCUCCUCUCGCCGGUCGUCUCUCCACCGACUCCAAUGGCUACGUCCACAUCCUCUGCAAUGACGCCGGUGUCGAAUUCAUCCAAGCCAAAGCUAAACAUCUCACCCUUAAUGCCCUUCUUUCCCCUCUUGAUGUCCCUAAUUACUUCAAGGAGUUUUUCGACUUUGACCGCACUAUUAGCUACUCUGGUCACUCCAUGCCCUUAGUUGCUGUCCAGGUGACAGAGCUGGCAGAUGGGGUGUUUGUUGGAUGUACCGUCAACCACGCCGUCACCGACGGGACUUCUUUCUGGCAUUUCUUCAAUACAUUUGCUGAAGUUUGUAAAGGGACUAAAAAGAUCUCCAAGUCGCCGGCGUUUACUAGAGAUACUGUUUUCAACUCCUCGGCGGUCUUGAAGUUUCCCGAAGGUGGGCCGGUGGUGACGUUCAACAGCGACGAGCCAUUGAGAGAGAGGAUUUUUCACUUCACACGAGAAUCCAUUCUGAAGCUGAAGCUGAGAGCUAAUACAAACAAUCAAAUCGCUGGCCGGAGACCGGUCAACGGAUUUCACGACGCCGUUGAGAUUUUAGGGAAACAGGGAAAUGACAGUUGGAAAACCGUCAACGGAACUAAUAACGGAGGAAACAUGACGGCUGUUUUGGAGAAUUUGAUUAAAACGAAUGUUCCAAAUCGUACGGCGGAGAUAUCCUCUUUCCAAUCCUUAUGUGCACAUCUGUGGCGCUCCGUGACACGUGCGAGGAAAUUAGACGAGUCCAAAACGACGACGUUUCGUAUGGCAGUUAACUGCCGUCACCGUCUAAACCCACGGAUGGAACCUUACUACUUCGGAAACGCGAUACAGAGUAUUCCAACAGUGGCGACGGUCGAAGAUGUUCUGUCGAACGAUCUCCGGUGGUGUGCCGAUCUUCUACAUAAAAACGUGGUGGCACACGACGACGCUACCGUUCGUCGGGGAAUCUCUGAUUGGGAGAGCCAACCACGACUGUUUCCACUAGGGAACUUCGACGGCGCGAUGAUCACCAUGGGCAGCUCGCCAAGAUUUCCGAUGUACGACAACGACUUUGGGUGGGGACGACCAAUUGCAGUCAGAAGCGGUAGAGCAAAUAAAUUCGACGGCAAGAUCUCGGCCUUCCCAGGGCGAGAUGGAAACGGCAGCGUGGAUCUGGAAGUCGUUCUGUCGCCGGAAACAAUGGCGGGACUGGAGCGGGACACAGAUUUUAUGCAGUACGUCUCAACUACAACUACAGUAUGAUUGGUCACACCCGACCAUGGGGCCCGCAAAGUAAAAAUCUCCUUCACGAAUUAAUUACUUUUUAUGGUAAAAGUAAAAACUUAUAUAUAUUUCAAAAACUCUCUCUCGGAAAGGUUAAAAAGUAAAAGUGAAAGGGUGAAAGUGGAGCGACGGUUGUAGUCAAAUUUGAUGGAAAAAAAAAAAAAAACAGAAACGGCGUCGUUUUGGCCGCGGGGGGUUCUCUCUUUCCUUUUUUAAAAAAUAUAUAUUCCUAUAAUGUUUACUAGGGUUGUUUAUGAACUAUGUAACUUUCCAACAUCGUGGAUAUUAAAAAAGAAUCAAGAUGAUUUUCUAAUCUUAUGCUAUGAUUGAGACCAAA